AUGGCCGACCAAAGCAUUAUUCGCAUCACCAAGGAGCUGAGCGAGAUCCAAAAGAACUCCGAUCUUUCGCUCGCCGUCGCAUGCCGUGAUGUUGACGUACGGAACGUCAAGGCACUUAUUAUUGGUCCUCAUGAGACACCGUACGAGUUCGGAUUUUUCGAGUUCAUGUUCAGGUUUCCCAAGGAUUAUCCUAGAAAGUCUCCUUCAGUAACCGCCGUGACCACGAACAGCGGCCGAACUCGAUUCAACCCAAACAUAUAUGCCGGCGGCAAGGUCUGCCUCUCCAUCCUUGGCACAUGGCGUGGUGAACGUGGCGAGGAAUGGUCGGCUGCACAAGGCCUCGAAUCAAUCCUCAUCUCCAUCCAGAGUUUGAUGUCAUCAAACCCUUACGAGAAUGAGCCGGGUUUUGAGGAUGCCAAUGAGGCUUCUGACAAGAAGAACCAGGCGCGUUACAUUCAAAAGAUUCGACACGAGACCCUUCGAAUUAGUGUCAUUCAAAGAAUGGAGGAGUACCUUGGGAUCCAGGCGGACGGAACUCUGCAAUCACCGCCACAGGUCGAGCCAGAAGACUAUGAUCUUAUUGACUCGGACACUGUCGAAGACGUACCGUUUGAACCGUUUAAGGACCUUUGCAAACGUCGCUUCCUAUGGUACUACGACUCGUAUCUCCAAACCAUCCAGAAGGCAAAGGCGGAGAACAAAGACGGACAAGCUUUCACCAGAAUGCCCUUUGAGGGCCACAACAACAGCAUGGAGGGCAAGUUCAACUACUCGGAUUUGGAACGUCGGUUGCAAAACAUCAAGACGGCUCUGGAGACGGAGGUCCUCGGGUGGGCAGAAGAGGGCCUGACACCAAAAGCGAAGGACUCGACAGUGGCCGUAAUGCUCGGGCGGCAAUACGAGCAAGUGGUCGAGUACUUUAAGCGCAAUGAUAUCAUGCACAACCUGGAGCUUGAGAACAAGAACCCGUUUGUCUGGGUGCUCACCUACUUUGGUCGGCCGAUGACGAACCUGGAUGGAGGUCUUUUCCGCGUCACAUUCAGGAUUAGCCCACGAUACCCCGACGAGCAGCCUCGAGUCAAGUGCGAAACGCGCCUCUUUCACCACAGGAUCGCGAUGGACGGAACAAUCUGCUAUACUGUGCCAAUGUCCCGUAGGGAGGACAUCAAGUCGCACAUUGAAGCCGUCAUUGAGGCCUUGGAGGAAGAGGAGCCAGCUUACGACCCUAGGACAUUGGUCAACCCAGAAGCACACAAGCUGUAUUGGGGCACAGCGGAUGACCGAAAGAUGUACAACCGGCGACUUCGUAGGACGGUUCAGCAAUCAAUGGAGUAA